AUGGCUUCAGUGGAGGAAGGGAGUGGUAAGUUUUUCUUCCUCUACGGACAUGGUGGUACAGGAAAGACAUAUCUAUACAACACAGUUAUAGCAAAGCUUCGCAGUCAACAGAAGAUAGUUUUGGUGGUCGCAUCAUCAGGAAUUGCAGCGACCCUGCUCCCGGAUGGAUCAACUGGACACUCUAGAUUCAAAAUUCCAAUUGAUAUUGAUUCUUCUUCCGCUUGCAACAUCAAGAAGGGCACACAUCUUGCAUAA